AGUCCACCUUCGUAUUUUUAAAUGUCAGCGCAGUGCAGAUAACUACGCUGAUUAAUGUUACGAGUUUUUCUUUUCUUUUCUAAAACUCUUUUAAUCUGUGUGUAAUUUAUUUGUUUUAUAGUCCAUGUAAAUUGUUACAGAUCUUGUCGUGAUGAACGGGAGUUCAAACCCGCUGCUGGAUAAAGAAGAGCAUGUGUUAAAGUUGGGCGAGAGCUUUGAAAAGCGGCCCAAGUCUUCUUUUCAUACCAUCAGGUAUGAUUUUAAACCGGCAUCAAUUGACACAUCCUGUGAAGGAGAGCUGCAAGUAGGCAAAGGCGAUGAAGUGACGAUCACGUUACCACACAUUCCGGGUUCUACUCCACCAAUGACUGUGUUUAAAGGAAAUAAAAGGCCGUAUCAGAAAGACUGCGUCCUGAUCAUUAAUCAUGACACUGGAGAGUACGUACUAGAGAAGCUGAGCAGCAGCAUACAGGUUAAAAAAACAAGAGCCGAAGGCAGCAGUAGAAUCCAAGCCCGCAUGGAGCAGCAGCCGGUCCGGGCAACACAACCUCCACCACAGUUCAGGGCCCCCACCAAGCCGGGAGCUGGGACUAAAACGUCUCCAUCCAAAGACAACCCUUCCCCUGAACCCCAGCUUGAUGACAUAAAACGAGAGCUUCGAGCAGAAGUGGAAAUCAUCGAGCAAAUGAGCAGCAGUGGAAGCAGCAGUUCCUCUGACUCUGGCAGCUCCUCAGGCAGUGAAGAUGACAGCUCCAGCAGUGAAGCAGAAGACGAAACCCACCCGUCUCCCACCCAGCAACAGUACAGUGGCAGAAAUGUGAUUUCCAAUGGCAAUGACCGAGCUCAAGGCAACAACCAGCUCAUGAGCACGCUCCAUAAAGAUUUACAGUUGAGUGAAUCCGGUAGCGACAGUGACGACUGACUCCCCAGUGGAGGGCUAUGAAGGUAACAAGAUGGAUGAUGUGAAGAUUGUCACCGAUUUAUUUCUACAGGCAUUCGCUAUCAUGGGAAUGAUGACGUGUCACGAUGUGUUCAAGUUUCUUUUACAUUUGCUGUGCUUUAGUAUUUUUUGUAUUAGGAGAUAAUCAAAAAGUAAAGGCAAUUUAGGAUUUUAUUAAGUCAAGAGCAAAAAACGAACCAAUACUUUAGACCCAGUGCAUCUUGCGUCAUUCCAGAAACUUCUUGAUCUCUAAUUAUGUAAUUGGCUGACACCAUCGGCCAUGCCUACUUGAAAGUUUAGGAUACAGUUAAGUUUUAUCUUUUAAGUUUUACUAAUUUUUAAAAAAGAGAAAUCACUAAGGUUUGGGAUAUCAGAAUGAUAGCCUUGUUUAUUAGCUGUCUGUCAGGAAACAAAUCAAUGGAGGCCAACAAAGGUCUGGCGUAGUGGAGAGACGUCCAUCCUCUCCUGUCCUGGCCUGUCAGUGUGGGUUAUUACUUAAAAACAAAAUGGCUAACGGGCGUCACUCUCAGUACAACCCAGGUAGCCUUCAUAAAGGACCCGUCACAUGACACAAAUUUUCUAGUGAGUGUCGGUGGCAGACUAGCUAGUUGGGGUUGGACGGUUUCACGUUCUGUCAUCAGAGUGGGCUCUGUGUGUGUGCGACAGUUGAGAACUGAAUAGUGUUCAGGUGGAAGUCCAAUGUAUGCAGCGUAGUGACUUAGGGGCAAUGUAGGCGUUUUGGACCCUGCAAAUCGAAGUGAAGCUCGUCUCUCUGAUGCGUCACAUUUUUUGUACCCUGACGAAACUGAAAAAAGAAGCAAAGGAUCGAGAUUGUUGCGAAAUUCACCGUACCUCAUAAGCAUUUGUACAACAUGUUAUUGGCUAUUAGGAAAAAGGGGUGAUCAUGUGACACUGUGAAAAUGUGUAACGGUGCUGGAAAGAGUCUCGUAAUCUGACAUCCUCAGGCGAUGAGAUCUGCCACCACAGUUUUCAAGUUUGACGAGAAGGGUCUCGCUGCAGCUUGCAAUACCUAUGACAAUAGAUCAGGUGAGUCACAAAACGCCCUUUGACUCAGAUAGCCCUCCUACAACCUGAGUGUAACGGGGUCCUAAUGCUAAUCAUAUUCUAAUGCAGCGGGUGUUACGUGACUGACAUUGAGGGCGUUUGGUGAUGUUGAGGCAUCACAUGACUGACCUCAUAGGUACUUUGGUCUGCAGUUACACUCUGUUGCGUUUGAAGUCCCCUCUGGCUAGAAGUCGCACCACCAAUGUGCCACCGACUUCACCUGACUGGGCAGUACGUCCACCGUGUUUAGAAACGAGAGUGCCAUCUGAUAGUGUGGCAAGCGUGAGUCACCUUUUCAGCAGGUGCUGUCCAGGGACGGUAGGGGCUUCAUUUUACACACAAAUUGCCUUUACUUUUUGAUUUCCUUUGAAUAUUUAAUCCUGAUAUGUCUGUUAGGUGCUGAUAAGAUGCACUGAUGUUAACACAUAGUUGGUGAGGAUGCAGACUGAACAAUAAAAACGCCUUGCUAGCUAUGUUA